UUGAUCAUAUUUUGCUUCUUUACGUCGGUGCAGAACGCAAAUCAUUCGUUAACGUGUAGUUACGGUUUAUUGGAGAACAAGCACCAUGACAUACCGUUUUAUGUACGACAAACUGUGUGCAUUAGCUAAACAGUGAAAUGUGCUUAACGAACAUGCGAGCAGCGCUAACGGUAUUUGGGGUUUUCUGAUGUUAAAUAACCAACAGCUGGCUGAGCCGGUCAGUGUAAACGGCAGCGCUACCAAGCUAACCAUGGUCAGCGGUUUAUCGCUUACAUCCGUGCUGAGCAUUUGGGACGUACCUGAAAGUAGUCAUCGCGGAGACAGGAGCAGUAACGGGUUUGAACAAUGGCUCUUUUUGUAUUUACACCAGUCACCCAUUGUAAAGGACUAGCUGGUUAUUUUUCAUAUGACGACAUUUGCGCCGCUAAGCUGGCCCUCGGAACACAGAUGUCGUGACCACAGCCCCUGUUACUGAGGUGUGACAGUCACAACAGCCAAUACUCCACGAUAAAUCAUGAACAACUGCGAAUACCAGCAAAUCGUCCCACAGGCUCUCCCGACAGGCACGGUCACAACGUCCCCUCAACCUCAACAUGGUCAUGGCACUGCCAAGACCGAGAAAUCAAAGAAACCCAGGAGGAAGUGGGAAGUUUUCCCCGGUAAGAAUCGCUUCUUCUGCGGGGGACGGAUCAUGGUGGCCCGGCAGAGCGGGGUCCUGCCCCUCACCCUGGGCCUUAUUGUCGUCACAACUGGAUUAUUCUUUACAUUUGACUGUCCCUUCCUGGUUAAACACCUGACCAGCUGCAUACCUGUUAUUGGUGGAGUCCUUUUUAUAUUUGUGAUAAUUACCCUGCUCCAAACCAGCUUCACUGAUCCUGGCAUCCUACCCAGAGCAACACCAGAUGAGGCUGCUGACACUGAAAAACACAUUGACGAUGCAGGAAACACAAGCUAUCAUCCUCCGCCGCGCACUCAGGAAGUCCUGAUUAACCAGCAGGUGGUCAAGCUCAAGUACUGCUUCACAUGUAGGAUGUUCCGGCCUCCACGCACCUCCCACUGCAGCUUGUGUGACAACUGUGUGGUUCUUCUCUGGUGCACUUCUCCUUCAGAGCGAUUCGACCAUCACUGCCCCUGGGUGGGCAACUGUGUCGGGAAACGCAACUACCGCUUCUUCUACACCUUUAUUGUGCUGCUCUCCUUCCUGACGGCGUUCAUCUUUGGAUGUGUGACCACACAUCUGGCACUGAUGGCUCAGGAUGGAAAGGGUCUGGUGUUUGCUCUGCAGGAGAGUCCAGGAAGUGCAGUGGAGCUCGUCAUAUGUUUUUUCUCAGUCUGGUCCAUCUUGGGCCUUUCAGGCUUCCAUACAUACUUAGUGGCUUCUAACCUGACCACAAAUGAAGAUAUCAAAGGCUCCUGGUCAGGGAAGAGUGGACAAGACGUCACAAACCCAUACAGUCAUAAAAACAUCCUCAUCAACUGUUGCUCUGUGCUCUGUGGACCCAUGCCACCAAGUUUAAUCGACAGGCGAGGCUUCCUGCCUGCAGAUGAAUCUGCCCAGACAGGUGGAGCGGACAUCGACGUCCCAUCUGUGGCUGUUAAAAGCGAGAUAACCAUGGUAAGAGGAUCCACAACAUGGAUUAUAAAGUGCAGUUAAAUUAGAGAUACGGUGCAUAGUGGGAUAAAUGUCCUUAGAUUUUACACCAGAUGUGAUUUAGGUCCAGGCUGUUGCUGGGGUCGUGACCCCUGAACACCUAGAGAUGUGUUGUAGAGUCGAAUGGCAAGUUCCUGAGUCUGUUUGUCAGCAGCCUGGUGCUGAAUACCAGGUUUUUUUCUGCUUCCUAAAUGUGAAUAUUUUCUGAUUUCUUCGUUCCAUAGAACAGAGAGAUCAUUACAAGUGAAUCAUUUGAGAACAUCAUCAUUUUCAGAUGUCACAAAAAUCCUCUCUACCUUUAGCUGCUGUUUCUCUCUGUUACAUACAGGAGAGUAGCUGCUGUUUGCACCAGUAAUUGUAUGCAUGUGUGCAGAAUAAGCUGAAAGCCAGUUGAGGGUGUAAUGCUUAUUAUGUGUCACAUAUUAUGUGUCACAUUUGAACUCCAUCAGUACAUUUCCUUACGUUCUUUGUGAUAUUCCUUGUUGCCCACCCUCUUUUUUGAUAAUGUUUUGUCACACAUUACAAAUGGAAAUCGUUCCCAUUGUUCGUUGUUUCUGUUGUUAAGGUCCAACUGUCCCUAGUAUCAGUCCACUCAGCAGUCUGUCAUGUCUGUACUGUCCUGACU